AUGGAUGUUGUGCAAUUAAUAAAUAGUGUAUAUCACAGAAGGGCUAUAUGGGAUCAGAGUCAUCCAGAUCAUCGCAACCGAUACGUGCUAGAUAAGUUAUGGGAGGAGGUAGCCAAUGAAUGCAAUAAUCAGUCGGUUAAGAAAGUUUCUGAGAAGUGGAAAAAUCUACGUGAUUAUUUCAGAAAAGAACUGAAGAAAAUACCUCUGCCCCGGUCUGGUGAUCCAGGCGAAGAGGCUCUUAAAAGAGCUCCUGGCCUCAUUUCAAAAUUUCUGCCGAGAUCCAGUCAUAGCAACCUGUUGGAUCCCGACAAUGACACACAAGUUUCGACACCCUCUACGCAGAUGGAUGAAAAUGAUGGUGACUAUGACGAAGACGAAAUGGACGAAACGCAGGGUGUAGAAACGCAGGAAACAGAACCCGACCACACAGAAUCAGUCACUCCAAUUCAAAGCACACCAAAAGAACCACGAACUAUUCUAAAGAAUAGGGCCCGAAAACGGUCAAAUCAACUUGACGCUUUUCUUGAGAUAGAGAAGAAAAAACUACAAUAUUUAGAUGAGAAACGUGUCGCUGCAGACCGUGGCAGAGCCCUACCAGUCACAGAUGACGAUAAACUGUUUUUUGAUAGCCUUUUGCCCCACGUGGUGAAAAUUAGGCCUCAUCGAAAACUUCAGUUCCGCAAUGAAAUUCAAAAUUUGGUUCAGAAGUAUGCCUAUGAAGAGUACUCGAACAAUCAGUCCACCAUCAAUUCACCGGUAACACUGGGUCCCUCAUUGGCUCCACCUCCUUCAGCGUCCCCUCGUCUAGGAUACGCAGCCCGAGGAGGCACCACCAUCAGUAGCACCGCCCAGGUGCCCACACCGGCUGCGCUUAAGCUUCGCCGUCCCGCCACCGCUGCCGCCCCCCAAGAAGAAACGUCGGCCGCCCCAGGGGCAGCAGUCGACGCUUCCGGCACCAGCCAUGUGCACGCCGAGUGGGGCGAGGGCCACAGUGGCUUUCACGGCAUGGAGGUGGAGGUCCGCGAGGAGGCCGCUGUCGCUGACAGAGCCCCCUCGCGGGAAACCACCGCACUACUGGGCAACAAUACUCCUUACUAUCCCAUCACAGGUAACACGUCAUUUAAUACUAACGUAUUUUUUAUAUGCCCUGAGUAUAGUGAUUAG